UUGGUGAGUGAAAUGUGAAAAGGCAGUACAUACGACUGACGCGAGUGAGUGUAUUGGAUGCUUCUGUGAGUCUUCUCUCGCGUCGCAUGGGUUGAUCAUUCAUGACUUAAAGCUGCAUAGACUUUCCCAGUUUCUGUGUAAAAGAGAACGAACGAACGGACGGUCCUUCACCUGCUGCGAGUCUGCGACGUCGUUUUCUUCGUCUUCACAUCGACUGAUGGGGUUAUUGAAAAAGAUCCUUGGAAUUCUAGGGUUAGCAAAGGACGACGACCACGAACACAAUUCCAAGGAUGACUCCGACGACGCUCAUCCUCGUCCCACGCCGACGCCGUAUCGCGUCCACGAGACUGGCCAACCUCGCAGGGGCUUCGCCGUCUCUGCCGAGGUUGUCGUCGAUCGCCCCCAGCUCGGUCCCGUUCUCGCCCCUUCACCUUCCGGCGACGGCGGCGUUCAGGGUCUGAGGUGGUACGCUAAGCGCCUUAGGAUAGAUCAAGAUGGAGAUGUAGCUGAUACGUUCCUUGAAGAGGUUUCUUCAGGGAGAUCGGCAGUGGCAGCUGGUCAUCAUAAAAAAGCUGCAAGGUUUAAAUUGAAGGAUGGCACUAGGCCAGUCAAAGUGAAACAACAGGUGCUAUCAGAUGGGAAAGUUCAGCACCGUGUGGAGCACCAGGGCAGAUUGCAGUUGGUAUGAACAAUCAUUUCAGAAAUUGGUCUGGUCAUUGAGUCUUUGGGCUUUGUCGUUUACUUGUGCACGGUUGGAACCUGCAGUUAAAACACUAGUAUUAUUAUAACUGAGCAUUACUUGAUGGUUCCUUUUUAUUCUUUGGUUGGCUUACACUAGCUCUGAAAGUUUGUCUGGGAAUUGCUGCAUUUAGUGAAAGUAUGUUAGUGUAAUUUAAGCAUGUCUCAAGAUGUUACCCUAAUUGAGCAACAGAAUCUAAUGUCUAAGCUAUAUCACGGAAACUUUCUAGA